UGUGUGUGUGUGUGUGUGUGUGUGUGUGUGUGUGUGUGUGUGCGCAUGAGUGUAUAUAAGAAGCAAGUACGUCACAGGCCUCAGACCACUUACAGACGAGAUUGAGGACACUGGGUAGGCAGUUCAGUAAGGGAGACACAAAUUAUUAAUACACAAAGGAUCGUCCUGCAUGCCCAACUGAGAUGCGGAGAGGAGGCCCCUACAAAAAUAAAGGAGGAGCAGGAUCUAGUUGGGGAGCAGGAUCUAGUUGGGGAGCAGGAUCUAGUUGGGGAACAGGAUCUAAUGAUGCAACAGCAGGUAGUGGACGUGGAUUAUACGACCAGAGAAAGUAUGAAAAGUACCAAGAGUCACACUCAUCUAAGUAUUACAAGCACGAUCCAGACAAACCUUACAACCACGUACUAAACACGACAGGAUGUAAAGCAUUUUCGAUAAGAAAAUCAGGCGACAAAACACCCCAUGCACGAGUUCCGGGAUUCCCAGGGCAGACAAAAGUAGUGGUGGAGAAUGCGGGGUUCCAGGAAACAGGCCGGAACCAGGAAUGGAAUAAGGGUCACGGCCACGCUAUGCUCACUGGCAGGAAAGACAACAACCGCUGCGAGCCCCACCACAUGGAUGGGAUGGUGAGAAAGGUUGUGACGCAGGUAGGAGACAAAACAAAGACGAAUUAUCACGACAGACAUGGAAAUUGUUACUCAAAGGUUAGCAGUUCCCAGAGUGCCGGUGUAGUAUCCGGACUCUCAUCCAACACACACCAGUUUCCACCGGUCACGUAUGAAAAAAGACAAAGUCACGUGAAGGGCUGGCACUUUGUUCAUUUCUGCCAAGGAGGGCCACCAUUGACUGACGACUAACGAUCAUUAACAUGGAACCACUGGGCAUUUAUUGGCCCAGUACUGGGUGUCCAUGCAGACAACUCAACAUUGUCACCAUACCUGCCAAACCCGCCUCUUACAGAAAUGCAUUAAACCAUCUGAUAACAAACAAAACAGGCUUACCACAUAAAUGCAUUUCCCAGAUUUUAAAAUGACACAACACGAUCAACCAGUUUUAUAAUAAACAGCAGAAGAAUACAGAUAAUGAAAGCAUAUUAUACAAACAUUUGAAAUUAACAGAUAAAAUGAAAAUUGCAGAAUCUUUUAAUGAUUAUUACACAAAUGUUGGAAUAAAUAUGGAAGAAAACUUACCACCAGCCGCAACAGACCCUCCCUCUUUUUUGACAGGAGGCUAUCCAAACUCAAUUGCAAUCCCAGUAAUCUUUCCACAAGACGUCAUUCGAGUCAUUAACUCAUUAAAAACAAAGAGGAAGUGUACAUAACUAUCUGUCCAUACUUGUAAGACAAAUAGUCAGUAUUUAGCUCAACCUUUUGCCUUAUUAUUCAAUCAAUCUAUUAGAAGUGGUAAAUUUCCACAAUUAUUGAAGCAUGCCACUGUAAUUCCCAUACAUGCAAAAAGGACCUACAACUGAAUUGAGUAAUUAUCGUCCAAUAUCUUUAUCACUUCUAAUGUUAUUACUUAUAUAUUAAUAUUAGUAGUAGUAAUAUCAUUAUUAUUAUUAUCAUUAUUAUCAUUACUAUGACUGUUAUGAUUGCUAUUAUUUUACUAUUAUUAAAAUUUUUAUCAUUUUUGUUAUUAUUAUUAUUAUUAUUAUUAUUAUUAUUAUUAUUAUUAUUAUCAUUAUUAGCAUUAUUAUUAUUAUCAUCAUUAUUACUAUUAUUAUUAUUUUAUACUUAUCAUUUUAAUGUUAUCGAUAUUAUAAAUAUUAUUUGUAUCUCUUAUCAGAACAAUUAACAUCCGUCUAUCCUGUCUUUAACAACAAAUAAAUACUAAUUUUUUUUUCCAUAAAUAUAUUAUCAUCAGGGGCUACAAAACACAUUUAUGUUUAUUUUCUAUAAUCAGGGACCUUCAUGUUAUGCACAUAAAGCAUGUAUAUAAUGGUAUUAAGUGCUAAAAUAUAAAAUUAUGUUAACUUCCUAUUUUAGGGGUUUUGCAUGUUAUAUAUAUAUAUAUAUAUAUAUAUAUAUAUAUAUAUAUAUAUAUAUAUAUAUAUAUAUAUAUAUAUAUAUAUAUAAUGUAUAAGUUAAGGAGACAAAAUAACGUAACGUAAAGUUGUUGCUUGAAAAGGCUACACCUUUAAAUGAGCUGCCUUGGAAAAUAAAGAUUGUAUAAUUAGUAAUCAUGUAUUUCAUGUUAGUAAGGCAUAAUAAAAUGUUCAAAUGUUCAUA